AUGCCUUUCAUCCCUAGCUUCUUUGGUGGUAAACAAAGCAAUAUCAUCGAUCCUUUCUCUCUCGACAUGUGGGACCCUUUUAAGGGGUUUCCUUUCUCCGCCACUCUCGCCAACGUCACGUCCUUUAGUGGUGAAGAGAGUGUCAUAGCCAACACUCGAGUGGACUGGAAGGAGACGUCGCAGGCCCACGUGUUUAACAUGGACCUUCUCGGGUUGAAGAAGGAGGAAGUGAAGGUGGAAGAUAGGAAGGUGUUGCAGAUUAGUGGAGAGAGAAGCAAGGAGAAGGAAGAGAAAAAUCAUAGGUGGCACUGUGUUGAACGAAGAACUGUAUAG